CGAUGCUUUAUCCACUGAACCAACCGACUAGGGCAAAAAAGCUAUUUUUUUUAACCUUGUACAUUGACACCCUUAAAGUGUUAUUACCUUUUUUUUUUUAAUUGCCACGGCUUCCAGAUAAAUGUUUCUGUAAUAACUUUUCCUCAUUGCACGUUUUACAUUUUGAAAUUGUAUAUUUAUUCAUGUGAUUGUCUGAUUAAUGUUUCUCUCCACUGCUAAGACUAAACAUAUAAGAGCAAGUCUUGCUGCAUAGCUUUGCAUAUAGCAGGUACUCAAUAAGUAUUUACUGAAUGAAUAAAUGUUACAGUAUUUAUGCUCUUACUUAUUUUAUUGAAUUAGAAUAUUCUUGCAUAUCCUUUUUUAUAGAAAAUAAGUGUGUGUGGGGGGGAUCCAAAAAUAUCAAAGUGCUGAUAUUAUUAUUAGGAGACAAUGAUCUUAGAAACUUAAAACAAUUGAGACAGAUACGGAAAUUAUUAGGUGUGAAAAUCUACACCCUUAAUUAGAUGCUUAUUGUAUUUAAGUCACUCCAUAGUGUAUUCAGUUUGAAAAAAAUUGAAAUUUCAAAGAUGUAUGAAAUGUUUUAAAAAAUCAUUGAAGCCCUGGCUGGUGUGUGCAGUGGUUAGAGCAUGCGCCCCAAGUGCCAAAGGGAGGCAACCAAGAUGUUUCUCUGUCUCUUCCUCCCUCCCUCCCAUCCCACUGCCUUCUACUCUCUAAAAAUCAAUGGAAAAAAAUAUACUUGGGUAAGGAUUAACAGCAACAACAAAAAUAUCAUUGAAGAUUUUGUCUGAAAGUACAGGAGUUGAAUAAUAUAUUUAACCUUCUAGAAAUGGAACCAUUUCCUUUAACACAUUGUUUGGAUAUUGGACUUUUGAAUACAUUUUCAGAAAGACAUUAUAAAUGACUAGAGGCCUGGUGCACGAAAUUUGUGCAAGAGUAGGCCUUCCUUCCCCCGUCUGCUGGCACCAGCUUCCCUCUGGCACCUGGGACCCAGGCUUCCCUUGCAGCCACGGCUUUGUCCAGAAGUUCAUCCGCUCUAAUUAGCAUAUUAGGCUUUUAUUAUUAUAGAUUGUAUGGCACUACCUUUAAUUAAACUAAUGGAUUCUCAAGGACAGAACUAUGUGUUACUCUUCCUUAUUCCAUGUGCCUUGGAAUUUAUUUUCAAUAAAUAUCUAUUCAAUAAGUGAACUAACUGGCAGCAAAAGGCAUGUGUAUCAGAUAGGAUCAAAUUUAACUCCAUAUUAUAGAAAACAACACAAUAACAUUGAAAAGAUAAAGAUAUACUUCUCUCAUAUGUAAAAGAAGUCCCAAAGUAGAUAGUCUAGGAUUGGUAGGGAGGCUCCAAAGGAACCUAGGCUUUUUCCAGUGUUCUGCCCCAGCAUCACUAGGGAAUGGCCCUCACCUUUGUCCUGAGUGGUUAUUAGAAUUACGGUGCUCAUGUCCCAGUUCCAAGCUGUAGGACUGAGGAAGAGAAGAAGGGUACACCUUUUGAAGAAGAAUUCUUGACUGUGACACAACAUUUCCACUUUUAUUUCAUUGCUACAAGGUUACACCUAACUGCAGGAGAAGGACAGACUUUAUUAUCACUGCCAGUCAUGAUGGACAUGUUAAGUUCUGGAAAAAGGUAGAAGAAGGAAUUGAAUUUGUUAAACAUUUUCGAAGUCACCUGGGAGUUAUUGAAAGUAUUGCAGUUAGCUCUGAGGGAGCAUUGUUUUGUUCUGUGGGUGAUGAUAAAGCAAUGAAGGUGUUUGAUGUAGUGAACUUUGACAUGAUCAAUAUGCUGAAGCUUGGCUAUUUUCCUGGACAGUGUGAAUGGAUCUAUUGCCCAGGGGAUGCCAUAUCAUCAGUUGCUGCUUCUGAGAAGAGUACAGGAAAAAUUUUUAUUUAUGAUGGUCGAGGAGAUAACCAGCCACUUCAUGUUUUUGACAAACUCCAUACGUCACCUCUUACUCAAAUACGGCUAAACCCAGUUUACAAAGCAGUAGUGUCUUCCGACAAAUCUGGAAUGAUUGAAUACUGGACUGGGCCACCCCAUGAAUAUAAAUUCCCAAAAAAUGUGAACUGGGAAUAUAAAACUGACACCGAUUUAUAUGAAUUUGCCAAGUGCAAGGCUUAUCCAACCAGCAUAUGUUUUUCACCUGAUGGGAAGAAAAUAGCUACAAUUGGUUCUGAUAGAAAAGUUAGGAUUUUCAGGUUUUUAACUGGAAAACUCAUGAGAGUCUUUGAUGAAUCACUAAGUAUGUUUACUGAACUACAGCAAAUGAGGCAACAGCUACCAGACAUGGAAUUUGGCCGACGAAUGGCUGUAGAACGUGAGUUGGAGAAGGUGGAUGCAGUGAGAUUAAUUAAUAUAGUUUUUGAUGAAACUGGACAUUUUGUGCUAUAUGGAACAAUGCUGGGCAUUAAAGUUAUAAAUGUAGAAACAAACCGGUGUGUGCGGAUCUUAGGCAAGCAAGAAAAUAUUAGGGUGAUGCAAUUGGCUUUGUUCCAGGGAAUAGCCAAAAAACAUCGUGCUGCAACUACUAUAGAAAUGAAAGCUUCUGAAAACCCCGUUCUUCAGAAUAUUCAAGCUGACCCAACAAUAGUCUGUACGUCUUUCAAAAAGAAUAGAUUUUAUAUGUUUACCAAACGAGAACCAGAAGAUACAAAAAGUGCAGAUUCUGACCGAGAUGUUUUUAAUGAGAAACCUUCUAAAGAGGAAGUCAUGGCAGCUACUCAGGCCGAAGGACCCAAACGAGUUUCAGAUAGUGCCAUUAUCCACACAAGCAUGGGAGACAUUCACAUCAAACUUUUUCCUGUUGAGUGUCCCAAGACAGUGGAAAACUUCUGUGUUCAUAGCAGAAAUGGUUAUUAUAAUGGACAUACUUUUCACCGUAUAAUUAAGGGCUUCAUGAUUCAGACUGGAGAUCCAACAGGUACUGGUAUGGGAGGAGAAAGCAUAUGGGGAGGAGAGUUUGAAGAUGAAUUUCAUUCAACAUUACGACAUGACAGACCAUAUACACUCAGCAUGGCUAAUGCUGGCUCGAAUACUAACGGAUCUCAGUUUUUCAUAACAGUAGUACCAACGCCUUGGCUUGAUAAUAAGCACACAGUAUUUGGACGAGUGACUAAAGGAAUGGAAGUUGUACAAAGGAUCUCCAACGUCAAAGUCAAUCCCAAAACAGAUAAGCCCUAUGAGGAUGUCAGCAUCAUAAAUAUUACUGUCAAGUAAAUCAGAUGUAUCGUUUAAUGUGUAAAUAAAAAUACACAUAUAGUAAACAGGAUUAUUUUACAUUGGGAAUCUCUUAAGACUUGCUGAACAUACAAAUCAUGUUUCAAGGAUUGCGGUAUUGUAUUUUUAUAUUUUUCAUUAAAGGCCAUUUUUUAAAGCUU